AUGGGAAGAAAGCUGCGACACCUGUUGAUUUUCCUUCUCAUCAUCCUGAAGGAGCCCAACAUGCCAGAAGCUGUCUGCAGCUGUCGAUCAUCAUUCUGCAAUUGCAACAACCUAGACCUCACCAACAUCCCUCAGAACCUCCCAGCAUCCAUCUCUGUGUUACAGUUAAGCUAUAACCCUAUUAAAACUGUAAACAGGUCUGGGCUAUUACGGUAUAAGAAUUUGUCCAAGUUGUACCUCACUCACUCGCGGCCUAUCAACAAUAUAACUACCAUCCCUUCUGAACUUGGCGGGAACCCCUGGCAGUGUGACUGUAGGAUGGCUCCCGUCUGGCUAAUCCCUGCACUUAAAAAACAGAUAAUCUGUGCCCAACCCGCCAAACUUCAGGGACAGAAGCUUGAAAGUGUCGAUCCUAAAGACUUGAUGUGUAAAGAUCCAACCAUAUCACCACUAACUGUUGGUAGCUGUUCUGCUGCAGUGUCAACACCUUCGCCAGAAUCUGCUCCAAGUUCCCCUCUACCUGUCCUCAUAGGCUCAGUCUGUGGUCCAGUUGCUGGUAUUGUCCUUAUUGGGACCUUCUUGGCUGUAAUUUGGUACAAAAGGAGGACCACUCCUCCAUUAGGGCUGAAUCCCGCUGUUGUUGUUGGGAACAACACAAACACAGCAGCGUCUGUAGUGGCCAGUGGUCAUGAUCAGACAGGGCAGGGUCAGUCUCAGGCUAUUACUGAAUCCACCACAAACACAACAGCUACUGUAAUGGCCAGUGGUGAUGAUAACCAGUAUGAAGAUAUUGACAAACUUCGUGUUAAGACAGGGCAGGGUCAGUCUCAGGCCAUCACUGAAUCCAACACAAACACCACAGCUACUGUAACGACAAGUGGUCAUGAUCAGACAGGGCAGGGCCAGUCUCAAGCUAAUAUUCAAUCUCUGAAAGUGAAAGUGGGGAAUUUAUCACAUGACGAAGUGCUAGCUGCCUUACAGCCAAACACUAUGUAUGUAGCUGUAAAAACACCACCAAAGGACGACGCAUCUUCAGAGAUAGCCAAUAGUAAUGAUCAGACGGGGCAGGGCCAGUCCCAGGCAGGGCAGGGUCAGUCUCAGACCAACACUGAAUGCAACACAAACACCACAGCUACUGUAAUGACCAGUAAUGAUGAUCAGACAGGGCAGAGACGUCAAGCAUCGACAGAAAAGAUCAGUGGUCAUGAUCAGACAGGGCAGGGUCAGUCAGGAGCUAAUAUUCCAUUUUUGAAAGUGGGGUAUUUAUCAUAUAACGAAGUGCUAGCUGCCUUACAGCCAAACGCUAUGUCGCUCCAAGAAGGUAACCUACCAAGCGAUUGGAAAGUGGGGGACAUUACACCGAUCUUCAAGAAGGGCAGCAAGAGGUUACCUGGUAACUACAGACCAGUGAGUCUGACGUCAGUAGCAGGUAAAAUCAUGGAGGGAAUGAUCAGAGACGACAUAGUAAACCACAUGAGAUCAAACAACCUCUUUACCGAGCACCAACAUGGGUUUUUACCCGGCAGAUCGACUACCACCCAACUGCUAGAAUGUUUAGAGGACUGGACAAAAUGGCUGGACAAUGACAUGCCAGUCGACGUCAUUUAUAUGGACUAUCAAAAGGCGUUCGACUCUGUACCCAUCCAGCGUCUGCUGAUCAAAACAGAAAGUUACGGGAUAAAGGGGAAACCACUCCAAUGGAUUGGUUCUUUCCUCACUGGACGUAAACAAAGAGUAGUGGUAAAUGGAUCCAGAUCAAGCUGGGCUCCCGUCAGUAGUGGAGUGCCCCAGGGCAGUGUACUGGGACCAGUUCUGUUUACAUUAUAUGUAAACGACAUGCCGGAGGUAGUCGACAGCACGCUGAAACUUUUCGCAGACGACACAAAACUGUAUCGUAGUGUGGGUGAAAGUCAGGACUGUCAGGAACUUCAAAACGACCUGGACAAACUACAGGACUGGGCCAUGAAGUACAGCUACAAGGCACUGGACCAUCCACACAAGCCAACAGUGACAACCGUAUGA